AUGGCCGUCUCUUGGACAACGUUUGAGCUCGACAAGGACCCCACCGUAUGGCUAAGUCGUACCAAGUCGAAGCUUAAGAUAGUGGUAAAUGCUGAGAUCGAGACCAAGUCGUACUACAAGGACAAAACAUAUGAAUUGUACAGCUACCACGCAGUUGUGGGCGGGUUGAAGGCCAACACAGAAUAUUUUUACAAGGUCGGCAAUGCAGACAAUGAACACUUUCAAAGUGGAGAGAGCUCGUUUACGACGGCGCGUGCUAGCGGCGACAAGAGUCCGUUCACGAUCGCUGUGUAUGGUGAUCUGGGGGUAGACGACAACUCUGUGGCUUCCAACAAGUACGUGAACAGUAUUGUGGACGAAGUCGACUUUAUCUACCACGUGGGCGACGUCGCCUACGCAGAUAACGCAUUUCUUACCGCCAAAAACGUGUUCGGGUUUUAUUACGAGCAAAUAUACAACAAGUUCAUGAACUCGAUGACCAACGCAAUGCGUCACGUGGCGUAUAUGACGGUCGUCGGGAACCACGAGGCCGAAUGCCACUCACCGACGUGCCUUCUUUCGGACAGCAAGAAGGACCAACUCGGCAACUAUUCGGCGUUUAACUCACGGUUCCGAAUGCCAUCGCCAGAGACUGGUGGUGUACUGAAUAUGUGGUAUUCUUUUGAGUACGGAAGUGCUCACUUCACAUCGAUUUCGUCCGAGACAGACUACCCGAACGCACCAAGCAAUGCGUACCACACGAAUCGAGUCUAUGGCGGCUUUGGUGACCAGUUGGCUUGGCUGGAAGCAGAUCUGAAGGCUGCACAUCGCAAUCGUGACAAUGUACCGUGGCUUAUCGUGGGGAUGCAUCGACCGAUGUAUACAAUCCGCUCCUGUGGCGCGGAAGGCGUGCCCAACAACGAAUAUGAGGCGUUGAAUGUGCAGGCAGCUUUUGAAGACCUCUUUAUAAAGUACAAGGUGGACCUAGUGCUACAAGGCCACGUUCAUCUGUACGAGAGGCAUUACCCGACAGCGAACAGUAGCGCUGUCAUGUAUGGUGUCUCGAAUGAUACCAACACGUAUGAAAACCCUCGGGCCCCCGUGUAUGUAAUUGCGGGAUCCGCUGGUGGCCCAGAAGGUUUGUUUAAGUUCGAGAAUCCGCCGUCUCCCGAUUGGCUUGUGCUCAUGGAUAACACGCACUAUAGCAUUACGAAUUUUUGA